AUGGCCGGCCCCUGCCUACUGCUCUUGGUCGCGCCUGCUCCUGCCCACGCGCGCUCGCUGCACCCGUUGCACCCCCACCCCCCCGCGCGCGCCCACACCCGCGCCGUCGCUGACCGCGACCCUGCCGCGCACAGACCCCACCUCCCCAUCCGACGCCUGCGCCCUUCCGCCGCCGCGCCCGGAGCUCAGCUCCUGCCCGCGCGCUCCACUUCUCUCCCUGUCUCGCCCCGCUCGCCUUCUCCGCGCGCCCGGCCCGCGCUGGCGCCGCCCUCCACCGGCAUCGCCCUCCGCCGGUGCCGCCCACCACCGCUGCCGCUGUGGCCGGCGCCUACCGGCGCCGUCGCGCCCUUCUGGGCGGGCUCCCCGUCGCCCAGGCAGGUUUGCCCGCACCCGGCUCCGCUCCGCUAA